GAGUUUAAAAUAAUCAUUACCUUUAAAGUUUAAAAGGUAUUAUUUUAAAUGUAUGCUAUAAUCUAAUAGCACGUAUUCGUGAAUUUCGUGAUUGGAAGGGUAGCUGUACUGCUGUAGUAGUAGACGAAAAUAAAUAACUAGUGCGAUGUAAAAUUAUGCACACUAUUUCUAAUUUAAUAUUAUGAAUUGAGUGCGAACAUCUCUCUUGAAAAGAAAGUUCUCACCGUUGCGUUGAACAGCCAUUAAACAACAUAAAAAUAAUAAAUAAAAAUGGUAGUCCCAAGUCCAUUCGUUUAUUGGGCUCAAACACCAAAACAAGUUUCACUAAAAAUUGAUUUGCGGAAUGCCGAAGAUCCCGAUGUAGAAGUGAUUGACAACAAAAUAAGGCUCGCAGCUCAAGGGGUCGGUGCGCACGGGAUAUGUAAAUACGAAUUCAGUUUGGAUCUGUAUUCCCCAAUUAAACCGGAUAAAGAUGGUGAACAAAACACAACGGUCAAAGUGUAUGAAAACAGAAUUGAAGUGUUACUCCAAAAGGAGGAGCAGGUCUGGUGGCCAAGACUUACUGCACAACCACAGAAACCAGCAUGGCUAAAGAUAAACUUUGAUCUAUGGAAAACGGAAGACGACCUUGAGGAACCUAGCGAGGAAGAAACCCGCGAUGUGAUGAAAGACUAUCCCGGGAUGUACGAUCAGGUGCACAAAGAGGAGCUAGGUUAUAGGAAAGAAAUGACUCCGGCAAUUACAGAAGACUACAAGAAGGUGUACCUCAUUAUAUACAACCUGUUUCAAUUCAUCGGUUUCACUUACGUUCUAAGCGUAAUGGGGGUGCGAUACGCGAAAUUGGAAUAUGACUCCGUACCGGAUACGUAUGAACACGUGGGUUCAGCGAUGAAGUUCCUGCAACUGAUGAUGUUCCUGGAGGUCAUGCACCCGCUAUUCGGUUAUACUAAGGGUAGUCCACUAGUAGCGUUCCUACAAAUAGGCGGUCGCGCGUUCGUGCUGUUCGCCAUGAUAGAGUCGGAGCCAAGAAUGCAGACCAAACCUGUGGUGUUCUACCUGUUUGCUAUGUGGAGCCUCAUUGAAGUCGUCAGAUACCCGUUCUACAUAGCGCAGCUGUACAACAAGAACUUCUAUUUCCUCACCUGGCUGCGCUACUCCAUGUGGAUCCCCUUGUACCCAUUGGGCAUUCUCUGCGAGGCAAUUGUCAUUCUUCGCAACCUUCCCUACUUCGAAGAAACCGGCCGUUUCACAGUAUCCCUACCAAAUGAAUGGAAUUUCGCAUUCCACAUGCCUUCAUUCAUGAGGUUGUAUCUUUUGAUCCUGGCUUUCCCCGGAAUGUUCUUUGUGAUGAAACACAUGCACAAGCUACGAACGGUCAAGCUCAAGCCGAAAAUUAUCAUCAAAAAAUGCAAGUAGGUGAAAAAAUUAUAAAAAACGAGAAAAAAAAUUUUUUUUUGGACUAGCCAUGUGCUCCCUGGAGUUUUUUGGUAUGUAGGGUUGUAAUUUGAUUUCAAUAUUGAUUGGUGUUAGUCUCGGUGUCUAUUAUAUACACGGUGUGUCGUGAAAAUAAGUUAGGAGUUUUAGUGGUAAGUUGAUAAUUUCGUUUCUGAUUUACUGAAUGUGAAAAUUAUGUAUGUUUGCUCAAUUUCAUUAAAAUUACCUGUAAUGAACGUAGAGAAACAUUUUAAAAAUUUAUAAGAGUAGGAUUAAGAUGCUUUCAGUUUCAAUUUCAUAUUGCUGUUUAUGUUGUUAUACAUAUUAUGCUCAAUGUUUUUUAAGUAUCCAUAAAAAAUACUCAGCUCUAUCUAAUCUUAACUUAUUUUUGUGACACUACCCUCAUUUUUAGAAUAUCAAUAUUAUAUUAAAACACUACUAAGAAUUAAACAUUUAUGCAACUUAGAUUUAAAAAACAAAGACAUUAUUACUAUAAAGUAUAUAACUACGUAGAUAAAACAUUGUAGAUCAAGAGCCCACGACGGCGAGACUUUCCUUUCUUUAGGAAAGUUGAAAGUUUCUCUGUAUAUGUCUCCGAUACAGAUAAUGACGACUACCGAUUAUCAAGUCUGGGUUGUGGUUACUUUGGCAGGAAACAGGUAGUAAAGGUGUAUAAAAUUGUACCUAACUUUCAUUAUACUUCAAAAGCUAAAUUUUAUAUAUGUUACUUGGGGACGUAUAAAAAGAUAGAGCAAGACCUCAAGAGCCGGACAGUUUUCAUGGUUCUUACAUCUUGCCAGACCCAUUUAAAAAAUAACUAACUUAUCAUCAAAUUAACGUAUUUGAUUUCGUAUUUGAUACUUUUAGGUAGUAACGUUAAUUUGAUGAUAUGUUAGUUAUUUUUUAAAUUGGUCUGGCAAGAUGUUAGAACCAUGAAAACUGUCCGGCUCUUGAGGUAACAUCUUUUUAUACGUCUCCAAGUAACAUAUAUAAAAUUUAGCUUUUAAAGUAUAAUGAAAGUUAGGUACAAUUUUAUACACCUUUACUACCUGUUUCCUGCCAAAGUAACCACAACCCAGACUUGAUAAUCGCUAGUCGUUCUUAUCUGUAUCGGAGACAUAUACAGAGAAACUUUCAAAUUUCCUAAAGAAAGGAAAGUCUGGCCGCCGUGGGCUCUUAGAUUAUUGAUUUUUAAUUUUUUUUUAUAAACUGACAAGUAUAAUUUAAGUUUGAUUUAAAAAUUGUUGGUCUCAAUUUUUUGUUUUUAUAUUUUAUUUUUUGU